GUUGUUUGUCUCCUUGGCUAAAGUGAUCCUGUGCAAAUAACCUGCAGAAUUCACAAUGUCUCAUCUACACAAAACCACCCCGAGCGUGGAUAUCUACGGUCCGGGGACUUUCAUGGAUACCGAGUUUACUCCGGCUCCCCAGGAUGCUGCUCGAAUUUUUGAGUAUAUUGCAAAAAAUACUCCUGGGUUCACUCAAAACAAAGAGCUUUGGGAUACAGUCAAGUUUGAGGGUAGCUCGCUACCGAUCAUUCCUGGCCCAUUCAAGGCCCCUCUCGUUGCAGCUGCCCUGCAUGCCAUGUGUGGAGUUGUCGCCCAUGAAAUCGUGGAAGAUCGUGAUGGCACUCCACCGCAUACCCAGCAGGUCACGGUCAACACCGAUCAUGCUGGUAUUUGGUUGGGCACGGUUUUUGCGGCAUGCGUGGAAGGGAAAGACAUCUCUGAACUGGCCAGGUCGCGUCAGCUGCAAGGUCUUUUUACGCACGAUUUCGACCAAGGCUGUAUGGCCACCCCGAUCAGACAACGAUCUACCGCUAUCUACAAGACAAAGACUCCGGGCGUUUGGUAUCAACUCCAUGGUUCCCUUGAUCCCACCCCGCUGCUCCGAUCGAUGGGGAUGGAUCCUGAUUACCCUGCCCAGACUCUGGAUGAAGCCUAUGACUAUAUCAGCCGGCAUGUGGAGCAGUGGACUGCAGACGAGUUGGAAAUGCACAACGUCAAGAACGGGUUCUGCGGAAGCAUCUGCUUUACCCCCCAAGGCUGGUCAGACACGCUGAUGGGAAGGAGACUUGCGGAUCACCCACUCGUCAGCUACUCUCGACAGUCGCAUGCAAUCCCGACUCCUCCAGCCCCCCUGCCCAAUAUUCCAGACGACAAGCGGCCCCUGGCAGGUAUCAAAGUGAUUGAGCUGGUUCGCAUCAUUGCUGGUCCUGUCAUCGGCAACACGCUCGCGGCUUUUGGUGCCGACGUCAUCCGCGUGAACUGCAGCCGCUUGACAGACCUUAACAUAUUGCAACUUACCUUGAACGCAGGGAAGCGCACAAUCGAUAUUGAUCUGACCAAGGAUGAAGAUAAGUCAAGAUUGCGAGAACUCAUUGAAGGUGCCGAUGUGUUUGUUCAGGGCUUCCGCCCCAAUGCAAUUGCCAGAAAGGGUUUCGGUGUUAAUGAUCUCCUCGAGAUGGCCGGCACUCGUGGUAAGGGGAUAGUGUACGUCGAGGAGAACUGCUACGGCCCUGACGGGCCCUACCAUGAAAGACCUGGCUGGCAGCAGAUUGGAGACGCAGCCUCAGGAUCGUCCUACGUGAUGGGCCGGUCGUUGGGCCUCAAGGAUGGUACUAGUGUUCUUCCGCCACUUCCGAUCUCCGAUAUGACUACUGGCCUUGUGGGUGCUUUGGGGGCUAUGAUGGCUCUUCGGGAUCGGGCUCGACUUGGCGGCUCAUAUCGGGUGACGAGCUCUUUGGUGAAGGCCGACGCAAUUGCAUUGGAGCCUGAGAUCGGUCUCUACUCUCCGGAGGUUGUUGAACAGAGCAAUCAGUUGUUCCAAUGGGGUCCCAUCAACUCUUCCCAGUUCGUGUUGGAGAUUCUGCUCGUCGUCAUGGAUGGAUGGAAGAGAAGAUUCCCCCACUACUUUGAAUCCGGAACUGAAUCGCUCCUGACCAGUUUCUCAGAUGGGCCAUGGGGCCAGAUGGAUAUCCUGAAGCCGGUGGUCCAGUUGGGUAACUCCAGCGUGACCCCUCGGUGGUUGACACCUUCUGUUCCUCAUUGCUAUCAUCCCCAAAGCAUCCAAUGGCUGUAGCUUGCUUCUCGGUGUACUCUGCCAUGCAUAGCC